AUGCCCGCGUAUGGGCCGGUGGGCUGCGGAGCAGAGGAGCCAGUCCCGUCUCGUGCAGACGACUGCGAGGCUGAGGACGCCGAGGUGGCGCUGACGGGCACCCGGGUCUUGAGCACGCUUGCUCUGGCAGCCUUGUUGGGUGCGGCCGGACUGUUGGUGUGCAGCGGGCGUGGCUUGUCGGCCAUGGCCUAUUUCCCAAUCCGACAGGGGACCCAGGCCGAGGUGGCACGACUCGACGAGCAAGCUUUGAGCAAUGGUUCGGCAGGCGGCGAUGAGGCGGGGAUGGCGGCGGCUGCCGCUGGCGCAGGGGCGGCUUCGCUGCACUGCCUGCGGGGGCCGCUGCAGCUGUGCCAGCGCCGCCUCGGCCCGCGCGUGCGAAGGCUGGGGCGAAGGCUGCGGCCGCGGGGCGAGGGCGCGGAGCCGCGGCCGCCGCCGCCGCUGCCGCGGGCCCCCCACCUCCCGCUGCUGGAGGGCGCGGCGGCCGACGUGGAGGUCGUGGCCGUGGAGCUGGUGCCGCGGCCGCCGCCCCCCGUGGUGCCGCUGGCGCAGCCGCUCCAGGUGCUGGAGGCGCUGGCGCCAUCGUCGCGGGAGCCGCUGGUGGUGUGCCGGGCGCGGCUGGCGGCGGAGGGGCUGCGGGAGUCCCUGGCGGCGCAGCAGGCGUUGCAGGAGGCGGAGCUGCUGGAGCAGCGGCCGCUGGAGCGGGGCCGCCAGGCCCCCCAGGUGUCCCCGCCGCCGCGGCAGGUCCUUGUGGCGGGCUUAUCCCCCCAGCGUGGGGCGGCGGGGCCGCUGCCGCCGUCGGCGGCCCGCCUGGCGGGCCUGGCGCAGCAGGACCUGGAGUGCAUGUGCUGGGCGCAGGCGCCCUGGGCGUCGGAGGCUUCGGCGGAUCUGGCGCGUGGCGUCAAGCCGCAGGAGGCCCGGUGGGCGAUGCGGGCGCUCCGCCUGGUGUCGGGGGCGGCGGGCUCGUUGGCUGGGUGCCAGCAGUUGGGGCGGCUGCAGCGCGUGGGUCUGGCUUCCGGAUGCCUGCUGGAGGGAGUCACGCUCGAUAACUUCGGGAGCGCUGCGGGCAGGGCGACCUUCAAGGUGCAGAACGUAUGGCCAGGAGACGGCAUGGGGUGCUUCGUGGAGGAGCUGCGGAAGAAGGUGACGGAUCUGAGACGACGGCUGCAGCCGAAGAGGGGCGUUGGCGAGGCACCAGGUGCUCUCCUGUUGAGCGGGAUGGAGCAGAUCAGACGAUAUCUUGCGCGGCGCGGGGGGGCGGACCCAUAUCAGAGCCUGGGCGAGUUUGCAGCGACCGUGGUGCAAUGCAUCACCAGCGUGUGGCACGGGCGCCACCCGCAGAGCGAGACGGGGGGGGAGCAGACGCGAGGAGAGCUGGACCAUCUCGGAGACCUUCUGAUUCAGAGGCUGAAGGUGAUCGAGCAGGCCGCCAAGGACGGUCACUGGCAGGUGGAACAGCAGUUGGAGCUCUGCGACGACCUGGGAGUUGGACUAGCACGUCAGGGGGAGGUGCACGACGCGGCGAUCAAGCACAAGUGGACGCACGGCCUGGCCGAGAGCGCGGCCAAGCCUGCCGGGGACUUGCCGAUCCAGCGGCAGAAUGGCAGCGGGGGGCCAUCCAAGUGGGGGGGGAAGCAGAAGUCGGGGAAGGGCAAGGCCGGAGCGAGGUCGGGCAAGUCGCAGGCGGGCAAGGAUGAGCUCAACUGGUUGCACGCCAUUGUGAAGGGUCUCAACUUCCACUGCAACCGCAGCUGGAUCGAUGAACCUGUCGGCCCUCCGAGCGCCACCCAGCGUGAGGCGCGAAGCAACCUGCUGUGUGAAGUGAGGGUCUGUUGUGCCCAGUGUGCUGGCCAGAUCCCCGGUAUCGACUGGGAGUCGGAGCCCGUCUCAGCAGCCGCUACUUACGAUGGCGAGGAGGUCCGGGCCUCCAACAAGGUGCGGGGGCGGAUCGCAGGCGACGCGCUAGCGAGAGGCAUCCUCAAACCGAUAGAAUGCCACGAGAUAGCAGAGGUUCAGGGCCGCCAGAUCAUGGAGGGCAUGUUCGGUGUGAAGAAGGGGUAUCAUGCGAAAGGCGCAGGCCCCCAGCGGUUGGCGAUGAACAUUAUCCCGUCAACCUUCAUUCAGAACACCAUCGAGGGCGACGCGCCGAUGCUGCCCCGCAGCGACGAGGGGAAGGGCAUCAUUUUGAGGUCUGGCGAGGUUCUGCUCUGGGGCGUCGGGGAUUUGAAGUGCUGCUUCUACGUGCGCAGCUUGUGCGACGCUUGGCUCAAGUAUAUGGCCAUCUCCAAUCUGGCGAAGAGGGUUGAAGUUGCGUGCGACGACGAGAGGCCCGGGAGCUACAUCGGCCGCGGCUCGGCACGUCAUGGUCUGAAGCCCUCCAAGUGGGGCAAUCCGUGCCGCAUUUGCGACGGCGUGCCGAGGUUAGAGGAGAAGGGCGUCGGUGAGGCGGCCGAACUGGCCCGCGGCCGCUACGAGAUCUUUGGGGCGCCGCGGGGCGAGCAGAAGGCCGUGCUUCGAGAAACGCAGACUCGGUCCCCGGGUGAAGCCAUCGAUGGAGCGCGUGGUACCAUGAGCCCACCAGCCGACUUCAUCCGUCGCCUGGUCUCGCUGACCCUCGCCACAUUGAAGCGGGGCACCGUGGCGCAAAAGUGGAUGCAGAUGUUGGCCGGCCGCUGGGCGUGCAGCGCGGUGCAGUUUGUUGAGCUGCGCGUCUACGGGCUGAUGGAGUCGCCUCGGCGCGCGCGGCUAGCCGUCGCUUCGCCACCUGCUUUCCGCGAUGAGGUGGUGCUGUGGUCCCUCUUCGACGGCGUCGGAGGUGCGAGACGUGCCUUGGACCUUCUCGGCCUCGCGCCCGCGCUCUUCGCGUCCGCAGAGAUUGGCCCCGAUGCAAAGCGGGUCACCAAGUAUGCCUGGCCCGACGUGCUGGGCAAGGGGAAUGCGCAGGCUUUUGGCGAUGCGGAGGCUAUCGCCGCGCGGGAGAGGGCGGAGCUCCGAAGGUGGCAGGAUUUCAACUACCGCUACGCGCCAUGCCAGUUGCAGGGCGCCAGCUGCAUCGAGGAGCCUAGCGGCACUCGCUUCCAGUGUGCCGUGGUUGCCUGGGUCAUGUCGCACUGGGCAGUGAAGGCUGGCUACCUGCCCCAGGUGCCCUUCUUCGAGCUGGUGCGCGAAGUCGGAUGUGGUGCCGCGUUUGCCGACUCCAGCGUCAACAUGCACAAAUCUGAACUUGAGGACGGAGUCAUUGUUCGCCAGCACAAAUUGGAAGAUGAGAGCGCUGCCAGCGACCCGAGCAUCGUGAUCGCGGAGCGCAUCUUGCCAGCCUCGUGGAGACUGCUGCGGGCCUGGCAGAAUCUCAAGCUGCCGCAGCGGGUCCUGCCGUCGCCGGAGGUGAUGCUCGCAGUAGUGGCGGCCGCAGCGCGAGGUUGGGGCCGCAACGAUGUAGCCGCUGUGCUCGUGAUCGGGCUCGCCGGCUUCCUGCGGACCUCCGAGAUGCUCACGCUGCGCCGCUGGCGAGAAGAUGAGAUGUGUUUAUCCGAAUUCGUGAACCAGUUCAAGUUUUAUGCUUCUUUUGAGAAUUCGCGGUGUGAUGGCUACAUCACCGAGAAGCUAAGCAGAGCUUACGACUCUGGAUUGGUACCUGUGGUGUGGGGUGGGCUUAAAAGAGCGGAUUAUGAGGCAGUCGCGCCAAAAGAUUCUUUCAUCCAUGUUGAUGAUUUUGGCUCUCUGGAGCUCCUCGCAAAACACCUCAUGCGCCUGGACAAAGACGACGCAGCAUACAAUCGCUACUUCGAGUGGAAGACGAGACUGCAUGUUGUCAAGGGCCGAGACUGGGCCCUCUCAAGAUAUUGCCUGCUGUGCCAUGAGGUCCGCAAGCCGCUGGACAAGCAACAGCCCACCAGUCCGCCACUGCGCUCGGGCUGGCCGGCCAUGGCCGAGAUGGGGCAG